AUGUCACGUACACGCCCAUCGACAGAUGUGGGCGUCGCACAGCAACAUAGCGAGGAGAGUCCCAGCUCGGAGAAGAGCACACGAUCACCACCGGACACUGCGAUUGAUACCAUCGACAACACAUCGGCAGCUUCCAAUGCUACCGCUGAUGUCGUCGCAUCACCGCUGCUGGUACUAGAUCGCGGCUUCGGAGCAUGGGGCACAGCAGCCGGCUGCUUCCUGGCCCUCUUCGCCUCCCAAGGCUACAUCGCCGCUUACGGCCCCUAUCAAGCCUACUACGAAUCGAUCUUCCCCGCCGAAUCGCCGGACAACAUCAGCUGGAUUGGAAGCAUCAUGCUGAGCGCUGGCUACCUCCUCUCCAUCCCGGCGGCCAUCCUGAUCGACGUGCUUGGUCCUCAAACGACGCUCGCGGUUGGAUCCUUCUUUGUCGUUUUCGGUACGAUGAUGUCGAGCCUUGCGCAUAGCUACUACCAGGUGCUGCUAUCCCAUGGUAUAUGUACGGGGCUGGGCAUCGGGAUCGCAUAUCUGCCGACCGUAUCACUGCCGAACCAGCACUUUGCGAAGUAUAGAGGGGUGGUGGUGUCAGUGGCGCUGGGAGGGAGUUCGAUUGGAGGGGUCGUAUGGCCAGUCGUGUUCAACCGCAUGGUCAAUCAUGAUCGUGUGUCGUAUGCGUGGACGCAGAGGGCGAUUGGGUUGAUACAGUUGGCGUGUCUGGUGCCAGCGGUGCUCUUGGUCAGGCCAAACGUGCCUCGGACCAAAAAUCAAGGCAUCAAGGUCGGCCCCUAUCCCUUCGCGCAGGCGUUCAAGAGCAUACCGGUUGCUCUGUACUGUCUCGCUUGUGCUCUCAACCUCGCCGGGAUCUACAUCCCGAACUUCUAUGUCGCUCCGCUUGCACGUACUCUGGGAGCAUCGCCUAGCGCAGCCUUCUACCUCACCUCGGUGCUGAGUGGAAGCACAGUGGUGGGGCGCUUCUUCUUCGGCUGGGCAUCCGAUCGUGUGGGCCACUCCAACACUCUUGUGCUAACCACGCUCAUUUCUGCCGUCCUCGUCUUUGCCUGGUCGAGCAUCACCUCUAUGGCCGGCCUCUGUACCUGGGUGUCCUUCUACGGCCUCUUCUACGGCCCCUCGAUCUCGCUCCAGACGCCGGCGCUUGUGCUCAACGUCCCAGGGGAGGGGCUGGAAAAGCUCAAGGCGCUGCCGACGUACAUCGCCGUCAUCUGCACGGUCGCCUCCCUCGGCGCACUCGGCGGGAAUCCCAUCGCAGGAAGACUCCUCGCUGAUAGCACAGGGGGACAGCCGGUGAGGAGGGAAGACUAUAGAAGCAUGAGCUGGUUCGGCGGGAGUAUCCUGAUCGUCAGCGCGGCACUGUUUGCGUAUGCACGACUGAGUGUCACACGGAAGCUCAAGGCGUAG